UCGGGAGUUCCAGAUGGGGUGCAGGCUGUUAAAAGCAUGCCUGGCCUUGUUGAUGCGGCAUUUGGUGUCAUCGUCCGCUCCACCAUCCUUAAUUGUUCACUAUGCUCUCCAGAUCACCAACUUCUGGUAUAACAAUAUUAUAGGUUCAGUGGCCUGUAGUAGCCACGUGUGGACGUACAGUUCAAGGGUGGCUAUUUUUAUACGUACGCAGCCGUGCGUGAGAAAGGGAGCUGUUCGACCCCUACCCUUUACAAAACAAAGCCAUAACUUAGUAUACUACUAGAGUUUUUAUGUUUUUAUAUAUAUAUAUGAUUUAUAAUUUACAGUUAAAGUAAAUGUUUAAUAUGUAUAGCUGCAUGGUGCCCAUGCUUUUCUUCUUUUUAACUUUUAAUAAUGAUAGUUGUGUUAAGUUUUACUUUAUGCCCUAGUUCCCGACAAAUGAAACAGUUGGGUGAGCCAAGUCUCUGCAUGGGUGAGCCUGAUUUAACGUCCUCAGGUGAGGUGUAUCGACUGACUGCUGGCACCACAGAUUUGCUCCAAUCAUACCAGCCCAGUUUAGAAACCACUUCCGGUUUGAGAGGAGAUCGUUUUUUGCAGUCUACAAAGUUGUUGUUUAAACAAGCGGCACCAUUCUUUUCCAAUAAAAAAAUAGUUCAGAUGGAUGCUGCAGACGGAAAUAUUCCCAAAAUAAUGUGGCAUCCAGACCGAUCACAAACAACCAAGAUGGAUGUCCUUCGAAAAAUUAUCAACGAGAAGUACGGAACUCAACUGGAGUCAUAUAAAGAAUUCCAUCAGUGGUCCUGUGAAAACUAUGACAAAUUUUGGGAAGAAAUGUGGAAGUAUGCAGAUGUGAUCCACUCUCAGUCUUACAAGCAGGUUAUUGACAUGAAGAAAAACAUAGCUGAAAUACCUGAAUGGUUUCAAGGCAGCCAUUUAAACUAUGCAGAAAAUUUGCUGCGACACAAUAAUGAUCAGAUAGCAAUUUAUUCAGCAGGUGAAGGCCAGCCAGUUCCUGUUAAAAAGACCCACAGACAACUCCGACAGUCUGUAGCAUUGUUUGCUGCAGCCAUGAGAGCAAUGGGUGUCAAAAAAGGGGACAGAGUUGUAGGUUACAUGCCAAACUGUGUGGAAACAGUAGAAGCAAUGCUGGCAACUGCAGCAAUUGGAGCUGUCUGGAGUUCAACUUCACCAGAUUUUGGCAUUGUGGGUGUUUUGGAGCGCUUUACACAGAUCCAGCCAAAGUUGAUAUUCAGUGUCAAUGCUGUUCACUAUAAUGGCAAAGUUCACCCACAUAUGGACAAGCUGACACAAGUGGUUAAAGGUCUUAACGAACUUGAAAAAGUGGUGGUUGUACCUUUCGUCAAAGAUGUUCCAGUGGACCUUUCUUUGGUGAAAAAUGGUUGCACACUGGAAGACUUUCUUGACUUGGGAAAAGUAGAGGGCCAGGUGCCAGAGCUAGUGUUUGAGCAAGUACCCUUCAACCAUCCACUUGUCAUUAUGUAUUCUUCAGGCACAACAGGUGUACCCAAAUGCAUGGUGCAUUCUGUUGGGGGAACUCUGAUGAAGCACUUGGAGGAGCACUUGAUACAAGGAAACUUAAACGAAAAUGAUAUUAUGCUCUACUAUACUACAGCUGGCUGGAUGAUGUGGAACUGGCUUGUAUCUGUUUUGGCAGUAGGGGCUGCUAUUGUUCUUUAUGAUGGAUCACCACUUAUUCCACAUGUCAAUGUACUUUGGGAUCUUGUGGAUGAAUUAGGGGUGACUGUGCUUGGAACAAGUGCAAAAUGGAUUGCUGUUUUAGAAGAAAAAGGGGUUAAGCCAGCUCGAACUCAUAAGCUUUCAUCACUAAAGAUGAUCCUGUCAACUGGCUCACCUCUGAAACCUACCAGCUAUGAUUACGUUUACAGAGACAUCAAGCAAGAUGUGCUUUUAGGUUCAAUAUCUGGUGGUACUGACAUCAUCGCCUGUUUUAUGGGUCAGAAUUGGACAGUUCCUGUAUACAGGGGUGAAGUGCAGAGUUUUCACCUGGGCUGUGACAUGCAAAGCUGGACAGAGGAGGGCAAACCUGUGUGGGAUGAGAGUGGAGAACUGGUGUGUCUUAAGCCAUUUCCCUCGAUGCCAGUCUGCUUCUGGAAUGAUGCAGAUGGCAUUAUGUAUAAAAAGGCAUACUUCAACAAAUUUAAUGGUGUGUGGGCUCAUGGGGAUUUCUGCUUAAUCAGCAGCAAGACUGGAGGAAUAGUGAUGCUUGGGCGCAGUGAUGGUACGCUAAACCCCAAUGGAGUCCGUUUUGGAAGUGCAGAGAUUUAUCACAUAGUGGAGUCUUUCAAAGAAAUACAGGACAGUGUGUGUGUCGCUCAACGCAGUCAAGACCAGACAGAAGAGAGAGUGGUUUUGUUUCUUAAGAUGGUGCCUGGAGUAGUGCUGAGCCCUGAUCUCGUCAACAGUUUGAAGAAUCAUAUUCGCACUUACCUCUCUGCCAGACAUGUCCCAGGUGUCUUUCUCCCUAUUGAAGACAUUCCGUACACCAUUAGUGGGAAAAAGGUGGAGAUAGCUGUAAAGCGAGCAAUAUCUGGAAUGGACGUACCCCAGAGAGGAGCACUGGCUAAUCCUAGCUCCAUAGACCUGUAUUAUAACAUUCCAGAGCUGCAGAACUACUGAGUGAAACCACCUGCAGUUUUUCUUGGAAUUAUUGUGGGGACAGGUUGCAGAAGUUGUGAGAUACUCAGAAUAUGAACACAUCGUUAUUAAUGAGUAAGGUGACCAGACUUUUCGGGGGCGAAAGCGGGACAUGUGCCGAUGAUGGUGUGGUCACCGUCAAAGAACGCCGAAAAAAAGUGAUUUUUAAAGACAACUGGGACAUUUGAUGGACUUGUCAGAAAGCCAGAAAGCGGGACAUUGGGCGUCCCACCCGAUGAGCAUACGAGACACGAGGUCAAAAGCGGAACUAACCCUGACAUCUGGUCACCUUAUUAAUGAGUAAAGUCCUUAUGAUCAGAAAAGAUUUUGGAGGGAAUAAUUAUGCUCAUGAGUUCACAAUAAACUCCUGAUUGUCAUGCAUUUAAAGAAGGUUGUAUGACCAGGCUGGUUCAUUGUGGUAAAUAAAAGUCAUUAACAAUUAUCA